AUGGCAGAUUCCUUCACCAUCCCCCUGCGCCCGCUUGUGGAGCAGCAGGACCGCCCCGAUACUCUCCCCGUCGAGAUCGCCCAGAUCAACAAGCAGUGGGGUUCCUUUCGCGAUGUCAAUGAGGAUGUCCUUCGCUCGAAGAUUGCCGAGGAGGAAGCUCGAGAUGGUGCGCCUUCCGAGGAUGAUGACCAGGAAACAUCCGAUGUCGACACGACCGAGCGCCUCGAGCAGCUGUACAAGCGGCGUGCCGAUAUCACUCAAUUUGCCAUGCAAUCUCAUAUGGAGACCAUGUUCGCUCUUGACUUCAUCUCCUUGUUGCUAUCCAAACAUGCUCCCCGCCAGGCCGAAACCUCCAUGUCCGCGUUUCUGAAGCAAGUCGCACCCGUCGGUUCCCUCAAUUCCGAAGUCGUCAACCCUCCUCCAAAACCUGAAUCGGCGACAAAGGACCUUUCAAUCGUGUCGAGAGGAUGGAGGACACAGAACUUCAAUUCCGCAGCCAACAAGCUGUUGAAUGCGUCUUCAAGACUUGAAGGCGAAAUCACAUCGGAGACUCGAUACUGGAAUGAGGUCCUGGCUAUCAAGGAGAAAGGAUGGAAGGUCUGCAGACUGCCUCGUGAAAGACAAGCGUUGGGUGUGCAAUACGGAUUUCUGGAAGCUACACCCGUUUUCCGCGACCGUGGACUUGCUUCUCUUCGGCGAGCCGAGGAUGGAAGCUUGAUCCUGGACAAGGGCUUGGUUCCUUCUGGUUCUCGUUUUGUCCGAGUUCGCGUGCAACAAGGGUCUCGUGUUUCUACCAGCUCCAAUCCGACCGGGUCAAACUCGACUGAUACCGAGACGAUUGAGCAACGUAUUCUGCAGGCGCGUGACUCUGUUUUUGAGGAAGAGCUGUUCCACGAACUGGUUCGAGAGGCCCGAUCCAUGGCAAGCUCUGGUGUCACAACGCGUGAGAAUCUAAUUCGAAUCCCCGCUUCUGAUGAAUUGGAAAUCCACUUAGACCUGGUGGAUAGCAAUGACGAGAGCCUCCAAGCCGAUCAAAACGCCUCGCAACAGGACUGUGUUCUCGCGGACGGUCUGGCACACUCAAUCCGCCUCCUUCUUGCAUUUGCUCAUCGCCAGAAUAUGCAACGUCGGACACAAACCCCACCGCCGCUUACUACCAAGAGGCGACACACUCCAGAAUACCAUCUCCUUCGCCCCGCCCUAGCUUAUCUGCAGCACUUGUCGAAUGUACGAUGGCUGGAAUCAUACUUCAGUGACAUCUUCGGUGUCCUGCGAUCAUCUGGAUUGGAACCUCCGGAGCAUACUGCCAACACAUUCUCGACCUGGAAACAGAUCCGCCUGUCCCCUUCAGUACCUACGGUUGAGGCGCUCGUUGAGAAGUUCCUCGGACCAAUUGAGUCCGUAUUUCGCGGGAAGCUCCUCACACCCAACAGCUCUUUCGCCGUUACAAUUCGGACCAAUUUAUCCGGCCCACCACUCGGUACCCUUUUUGACGUCUCGUUCGAUCUGUCAACAGUCUCCGACCUCAAGUCCCCUGGCCGUCUUGGGUUGAAAGAUGAAGUCGAGGCUGCAAUCACUCAUCUACUUCUUCUUGACGUGGUUUCCAACAUUGCAUCCAGAGACAUUUCGACAAAGAAUGUGGACAGUCCUGACAUAACAGUCUCCAAGAUGCGGAAAUGGGAUGCAGUGUACCCCCAUCUGGGGGAAUUGUUGAUGAGCUCAGAAAACUCCGAAAAACACAGGAAACUCAAGGUUUCCCUAUCUCGCUCCGAGCUGGCUCUCUCGAGCUACUUUGUGCGCAACAUCGACGGUGUCGGACGAGGUGCCCAGGAACGCCCAUCUCUCCAUUCCCAGCCUCAUUCAUGGAAAUCGCCCCCAACUUCGACCAGUACCCUUGAUGACAACUCCUCCAUGAUGGACUUCGUCAUUGCCCAGGCGUUCCGCGAUGAGUGA